AUGUUUGACAAGAUAGAUCUUUAUUUGGAAGCCAUCAGGCUGUACAAUGUCUUGGCACUUGCAUACUACUACCUGGCCAAUCAGCUGUCGGCCAAUUACACCAUCCGGGUGCCGCUUAAAGCUGGGCACAGAAUGUUUAACCAGAGGCAACUUACUUUGGAAGCCAUCAGGCUGGACAAUGGCUUGUCACUUGCAUACUCAGACCUGGCCAAUCAGCUGUCAGCCAACGAGACGAUCAAGGUGUGGCUUAAAGCUGGGGACAGAAUGUUCGACAAGAAAGAGCUUUAUCUGGAAGCCAUCAGGCUGCACAAUGGUUUGGCAGAAGCGUACUUCUAUCUGGGUCAUGAGCUGUCAACCGGCGAGAAGAUCAAGGUGCAGCUGAGAGAUGGAGACCAGGAGUUUACCAAAGAGUAA